AUGUUCGGCAUCAUCAUCUCCGGCCGCCCCGUCGACGCAGCCCCGCAACAAAUCACCGAAGCGCAAUACGUCUUCCGCAUCCCGCCCAACCCGCCCUUCAACCACAUCGUCCUCUUUAUCCUGCCCGGCGUGCAGCUCCCCCCUGACACCGCCGCCACGGUUUACGUGCAGAUUCCCCCGGCUGCGGACUUUCGACUUCUAGGCGGCAUUGGGCCGGGGAAGGAAAGCGCCAUUUUCAAAGUCAGCGGGAUCAAGGCUGGCAAUGGGACGGAUGCUGAUGGCGAUGUUAUGACUGAUGAUCCGGCCACGGUUUCUGGUGCGGCUGCGUCUUCUACUGCGAAUGGUGAUAUUGUAGUCGGGGUAUCUAUUGAGCCGACGGCGCAGGUGGAGCAGCAGCUCGCGAAUCUGAAGACUGGCACGCCUCAGGGCACCGCUCCCGGCGGUGCAAUGGUACUACGGAACUCGAGUUCUGAUGGCCCGGUCACGACCAAGUUGCUUGCGCAGAGGAUCAUCAAGAAUGCAUUCAAUUUCCUGGCGAGUUUUGGGAGUGACACGGUGCCUUUGAAGGCGUUUGAGGAGUGGUGGAAGAAGUUUGAGAAGAAGGUCGAGUUUGAUCCAAGUUUUCUGGAGAGGGAGGAGCAAGAGUGA